AUGGAACCAAUAUUUCGAUUGCUUGUCUGCUCCUUCCCUCAUAUUCCUAAAGAUUCCAAAGAAGAAUGGUGCGAAACUGUACGAGAAAGCUUCCGAGUGGCAAAGAAGCCCAAAAAAACCGUGCGGAUGGAAGUACCAGCCCACAUACGAAAACGUACCAUAUCCGACAUUGCUGCUCAUGAUGGAGAACAUGUUCCGCAGGAGAAACCGCAAACAUCUAGAAGAAGAGCACCAACAUUGGGAGCUAUGGGUGGUUUUGAUUUGGCGAAAUUUAGAAAAAUGCACGAGGAUCGUCGAGCACGUGAGAGAGCGGAAAGGUUGAAAAAAAGAACAGUUGUGGAGUCGGAGUCAAGUACCGAAGAGGAAGAGUCUGAAAGCGAACCCGAAACGGUAAAUGAGGAAGAUCCACCGUCAACAGGAAGUUCGCAAACGUAUUUAAUAUAA